AUGAGACUGCUUUUAUGGAUCAUAUUAUUGGCAACGAUAGUAGAGUGUGCAAAAAUCGAUAACAAGGAUUCGAAGAAUGUAGAUGAAACAAAAAAGGAUAGCAAAAAGAAGCCAGAAAUGAAGAAAACAGUGGAUUCGACAAAAAAAUCAGAUACAAACAAAAACGACGAACAGAAGACGAAAAAGCGAUUGUGGUUCGACGGUAAAAGUGAAUGGGGAGAACAUUCGCUGAAUUUGUGCUAUAAGUCCGAUCCCUUACCGCAAGAUUACCACUGCUAUCAGUAUUAUCGUAACUACGAAGUGGUCUAUGUCGAUCCGAUCGCCGUAAACCCUAUAAUUCUCGUCUUUCGAAAAUUAAUACCGCAAAAACUCGUCCACGGCUUUUUGGAAGACGUUUAUAAAAAGCAGAACAGAACAAAAAAGGAUAAGAAGGAUGAUGAAGACUUCAUAAACGAUUAUCUAAAAACCUACAAACGUCGAAAGGCAAACGAGACUCUUCUCUCGCAUACCGGUAUGUCUGGUGUGGCAAGAGUUUUUCGUCGAGCACAAGCUCUCAUACAAACGUUGAAUUUUAACAACAGCGGCAUGUGGCAGGUCUUGUCGUUUCAAAAAGGCGGUCAUGCAGCUCCACACUACGACUAUAUUACUUACUCAUCACCUGAUCAGUACAGUAAAACCACAAGAAAAAAUGGAAACCGUUUUUUGACAUUUGCACUGACACUGAAAUCGGCGGAUAUUGGAGGAGAGACUGUUUUCGUGCUUGCGAAUCUUACAGUGCAAACUGGACCAGGAGAUGUCCUAUUAUUCACAAAUAUGAAUAGGGACAUGACACCGGCAGUCGGUUCUGCACAUGCUGAAUGCCCUGUGGAAAGUGGAGAAAAAAUCACGGCUACACUUUGGCUUCGCCCUAGAGGUCAAGAAUUGUUCUAUUCCUAUAUGCAAGAUGACAACUCAUUUGCAUAUGACUUGGAUAAACUUAUCGCACCUAAAAGAGAUUUGUUUGGAAUGAGCCCAAUCUACGACGUUUACGUCUAUCAGAAGCUGAUGAUGGAAGCGUUUGCAGCUGAACAUGCAAGAAAACUAACAACAGAAAAAAGUAUGGGAACCGGAAAAAGUGGAAAAGCUGGAAAGAAGUGA